GGGACCAGGCUCCAGGAAGAGUGUCUUGGGUACCAGAAGCAUCUUCCGAGACUCAUUCCACCAUGAAGCUUAUCGCCACCUUGCUAGUGUUCUGUGUGGCUCUGCUCGGUGAUUCUGGUGUCGCUUUCUUCAUGAACUCGGACAAAGCUGCAGCACAACCCGUGGCUGCCCUUGCCCCAGCUGCAGAGGCUGUGGCCGGGGCUGUGCCUAGCCCACCACUAAGCCACUUGAGAAUCCUGAGGUUCAUCCUAGCCAGCCUGGGCAUCCCAGUGGGUCCUCUCAUAGAGGGUUCCAGAAAGUGUGUCACUGAGCUGGGCCCUGAGGCUGUAGGGGCUGUGAAGUCACUGCUGGGGUCCCUGACAGCAUUCGGUUGAGGUGAAUAUAGACCAAUUCUGCCUGACAAGACGUUAUUCUUCCAUGGGAGCUGGAAAGCCUGCUGCUUACACCUUUCCUUUACCUUAAUAAAGAG